UUAGGUGAUGCGGCGUCUGUGUAUAUGAUGUCUAUGGCUGUAGCUGGAGCUAAGAAGUGGAGCAGAAUCGUUCCAGCUAUAUAACCCUUAAAUAAAUAAUGACAGUGAGCUCAGGGUGUUUAAUGCAGUCUUGGAAAACAGAAUCAUUAUGAAAAACUUAUAAAAAAAAUUAAAUGUGGGUCAGAGCAUGCGCAGUGCGGGGAGGAGCACUUUUGGACAGGUAGCAGAACACCAGUCUAAAAACUGAGGGUUUUACAGCUGUGUGGGAGAAACUUAAGGCUCAUGAAUAUUCAAACAUUACAUUCAGCCCUGUGAUAUGAUUGGCUGACAGUAGGGAAUAACGUACAAUAGCUCCGCCUUAGAAGGAGACAGGUGAGACGCAGGUGAAGGAGAAAGUCCAGUCUCCUUCUUUAGAAGAGGACAGAAGUCCGGAUUCACUCGGGGUCGGUGUCGGCAGUGUUCAGCUGUGUGUGAAUGAAGAAGAGUAAAUGAUGGAUCUUCAGAACUCCAGCAGUGGAGGAGGACCUCCUGUCCUAAAAUCUGUUUACAGGGAGAAGAGAGCAGCAUCUCCAGCCCCCAGUGGAGUGUCUAUGAAGAGUGACUGGUCCAUGAAGAAUCCUCCAGAGUUCAGCAGUGGAAGAGGAAGCUCUGGGUCUCGAACUAAAACCCAGAGAGGAGCUUCUCCAGAACCCAGCUGUGUUUCUAUGAAGAGUGACGCAUCCAUCAUUAUUCCUCCUGGUUUCAGCAGUGAAGAUAUGACCGCUGAUAAGAAGAAAAUAAAGAGUUACAGGAAAAAACUGGACCACAUAUUCAAGAAGCUGCAGGAGAAGUUUAUCUCUCUAGUGAAGAACGAGCUGAACACAUUCAAGAAGCUCCUGAGUCCAGAUUACCCAGCAUGCUCUGAGGGAGAGGUGGAGGAUGAUCAGAGAGAGGGGGUGCUGAAGGUCACACUGCACAUCCUGAGGAACAUGAAUCAGACAGACCUCGCCAACACACUAGAGAGCAAAUUGGCCCCAGCAUGUCAACGAAAGCUCAAAUCCAACCUAAGAUAUAAAUAUAAGAUAAUUAAUGAAGGAAUAUCAGGACAUGUGAAAGCACUUCUGAAUGAGAUCUACACAGAGCUCUACAUCACAGAGGGAGGGGUUGGAGAUGUCAAUCAGGAACAUGAGGUGAAACAGAUUGAAGCUGCAUCCAGGAAAAGGACAACAAAGGAAAAACCAAUCAAAUGCAACGACAUCUUUAAACCAUUACCAGAACAGAAACGACCGAUCAGAACUGUACUGACUAAAGGUGUUGCUGGAAUUGGAAAAACAGUCUCUGUGCAGAAGUUCAUUCUGGACUGGGCUGAAGGAAAAGUAAAUCAGGACGUCCUCUUCAUAUUUCCACUUCCUUUUAGAGAGCUGAAUCUGAUGAAGGAGAAGAAGCUCAGUCUGGUAAAUCUUCUUCAGAGCUUUUUCCCAGAAACACAAGAUUUAAAACCAAGACAUUAUAAGAACUACAAGAUCAUGUUCGUUUUUGAUGGUCUGGAUGAGUGUCGACUGCCUCUGAAUUUUCAGAACAAUGAGAACUUGGUGAAUAUAGAAGAACAAACCUCAGUGGAUGUUCUGCUGACGAACCUCAUCAAGGGGAAUCUGCUUCCUUCUGCUCUCCUCUGGAUCACCUCUCGACCAGCAGCAGCCAAUCAGAUCCCUCCGGAGUGUGUUGAUCAGGUAACAGAAGUGCGGGGUUUCAGUGACCCUCAGAAACAGGAGUACUUCAGUAAGAGGAUCAGAGAUAAGGACCUGGCCAAUAAAGUCUUCACACACAUCAGGUCUUCAAGAAGCCUCUACAUCAUGUGCCACAUACCGGUCUUCUGCUGGAUUACAGCCACUGUUCUAGAGAGAAUGCUGAGUGAAGCUGAGAGUGGAGAAAUUCCCAAAACCCUGACGCAGAUGUUCACACACUUCCUGAUCUUUCAGAUCAAACACAAGAGCCAGAAGUACAGUGGGAAUAGUGACCCUGAUCCUCAGAAAACAAGAACAAGUAUCCUGGCUCUGGGGAAACUUGCAUUCCAGCAGCUGGAGAAAGGAAACCUGAUCUUCUAUGAGGAAGAUCUAAGAGAGAGUGGUAUCGAUAUUAAAGAACUGUCUGUGUACUCAGGGGUGUGUACCCAGAUCUUCAGGGAGGAACUUGAGCUGCACCUGGGGAAGGUCUUUAGCUUUGUACAUCUGAGCGUUCAGGAGUUUCUUGCUGCUUUAUAUGCAUUCAUCUGCUUCAUUGACAGAAGCGUUCUGAAUCAGCAAAUCACUAAAAACCAAAACACUGAACUAUCUGAACUCUUCAGCAGGUCAUCGAUGACUGAAUUCCUCAGCAGUGCCAUUGAAAAAGCCUUACAGAGUGAGAGUGGACACCUGGACCUGUUCCUUCGUUUCCUCCUGGGUCUCUCACUGAAGUCUAAUCAGAAUCUGUUACGAGUCGUACUGACACAGACAGAGAGGAUCUCUGACAGCAAUGAGGAAACCAUCAAAUACAUCAAGAAGAAGAUUGAGGAGAACUCAUCUCCAGAAAAAUCCAUCAAUCUGUUCCACUGUCUGAAUGAACUGAAUGAUCAUUCUCUGGUGCAGGAAGUGCAGAAAUACCUGAGUGGAGGUGGCGAGCGUCGUCUUCAACAGGCCAGCCUUUCUCCUGCUCAGUGGUCAGCUCUGGUGUUUGUGUUGGUGAACUCAGAAGAAGAGCUGGAGGAGUUUAACCUCAGUAAAUAUGAUCCAUCAGAGGAGUGUCUUCUGAGGCUGCUGCCAGUAGUUAAAAUAUCCAGAAGAGCUGUACUAGCUUCAUGUAAUCUUGAAGUAAAGACGUGUGAAAAUCUGGAAUCAGUUUUAAACCUGGAAAACUCCUCCCUGAAAGAGCUGGACCUCAGUAACAAUGACCUGCAGGAUUCAGGAGUGGAGCUGCUCUCUGCUGGACUGAAGAGUUCACACUGUAAACUUCAGAUUCUCAGAUUAGCUUUGUGUAAUAUAGGAGUAAAGACGUGUGAAAAUCUGGAAUCAGUUUUAAACCUGGAAAACUCCUCCCUGAAAGAGCUGGACCUCAGUAACAAUGAUCUGCAGGAUUCAGGAGUGGAGCUGCUCUCUGCUGGACUGAAGAGUUCACAAUGUAAACUGCAGAUUCUCAGAUUAGCUUUGUGUAAUAUAGGAAGAAAGACGUGUGAAAAUCUGGAAUCAGUUUUAAACUUGGAAAACUCCUCCCUGAAAGAGCUGGACCUCAGUAACAACGACCUGCAGGAUUCAGGAGUGGAGCUGCUCUCUGCUGGACUGAAGAGUUCACAAUGUAAACUGCAGAUUCUCAGAUUAUCUGGUUGUAUGAUCACAGAUAAAGGCUGUUGUUCUCUGGCUUCAGCUCUAAUUUUAAACCCCUCCCACUUGAAAGAGCUGGAUCUGACCUACAACCACCCAGGAGAGUCAGGAGUGAAGCUGCUUUCUGCCAGACUGGAGGAUCCACACUGCAAACUGGAGAAACUCGGAGUGGAACAUGGAGGGAAGAUCAGAAUCAAACCUGGAUUAAAAAAAUACGGCUGUGAUUUCACUCUGGAUCUGAACACAGCCCAGCGUCUUCUCUCUCUGAGUGAGGAGAACAGGAGGGUGGAGUGUGGAGUGGAGCUGCAGUCGUAUCCUGAUCAUCCAGAGAGAUUUGAUAGGUGGUCGCAGGUUCUGAGUAGAGAGAGAGUUACUGGUGUUACUGGACGCUGUUACUGGGAGGCUGAGUGGAGCGGGAGAAAUGGAGCUGAAGUAGCUCUGAGUUAUAAAACCAUCAGCAGGAAAGGAUUAAGAACAGACUAUCACUCCUCCAUUCUGCUUCUGCUCACCCACAGGCAGAGGCUGAAACAAGAGCCGCCAAUCACCAAGGAGCUGCCCCGUUGGUCUGACCAAUCGGAAGCCACGCUUCCAAAAUGUUUCGAUCACGUGGACUGGGAGAUGUUCCGUGAUUCAUCAAGCAGCAUCCAAGAGUACACGGACACAGUCACAGCCUUCAUUCGCAAGUGCUUGGAUGAAGUAGUGCCUUCCAGAUCAGUGCGUGUCUUCCCCAAUCAGAAGCCCUGGCUAAACCGCGACGUCCGCUCCGCUCUCAGCGUACGCAGAGCCGCUUUCAGAUUUGGGAAUACAGAGUAUAAGCGAGCCAGCUACGCUCUCCCUAGGACCAUACAAGCGGCCAAACGUGGGUACAGAGAGAAAGUGGAAGCACAGUUUAACACAGCCAACACCUGGAGCUUGUGGCAGGGUCUGAACAACAUUACUGGCUACAAAAGAAGCUCUCACACUCUGACCAGCACUGACCUGAAGGAGGAGCAAAACCGCUUCUAUUCUUGUUUUGAGGCAGAUCACUCCGCGCUCCCAGAGUGUGCCCCGCCCACCGCUGAUCCCAACCCACCCUCCAUCUCCGAAGCUGACGUGCGCACAGCGGGUAAAUCCAUGCAAAGGCUGGUUAGGGAUAUCAUCAGUUCCUCACUGCAUGCCAUCCUGGACCCACUACAGUUUGCAUACAGGUGGAACAGAUCCACUGAUGAUGCAAUCACCCUGACCCUGCACACUGCCCUCUCUCAUCUGGACAAGAAGGACACGUAUGUGACAAUGCUGUUUGUAGACUACAGUUCAGCAUUCAACACCAUCGUUACCUCGAGGCUCGAAGUCAAGCUCCGGGAUCUGGGUCUGAACAGCACACUGUGCAGCUGGAUCCUGAACUUCCUGUUGGACCGACAGCAGGUGGUUAGGAUGGGCAACAUCACAUCCUCCCCACUGUGCUCAACCCGCUCCUGUAUUCCCUGUCAGCCGUGUUACAAAGAGGAUGGAAAUCCUCAAGUAACAGUCAGGCUGUAUCCUGAAUUGUCUGAGAGUGACCUCUCUGAUUGGUCAGAAUCUGUGUCAUCAGAUAAAGAUUCUGACCAUGCUACUGAUCUGUUGGAGCCAGACAGUGCUCCAGCCAAUCCAGCAUGGCGAGAACAAUUUGUGACGUGUCGGACGCAAGCCUCAACAGUUGAAGAGACAACUGAUGUUCAAAGUGGACUUCCCAGAUGA